AGAGCGCGGCCGCGGACGAAGAUGGCGACCGCCAUGUACUUGGAGCACUACCUGGACAGUAUCGAGAACCUUCCUUGUGAACUUCAGAGGAACUUCCAGCUGAUGCGAGAGCUGGACCAGAGGACAGAAGACAAGAAAGCAGAGAUAGACAUUCUGGCUGCAGAGUACAUCUCCACAGUGAAGACUCUGUCCGCAGAGCAGCGGGUGGAACACCUGCAGAAGAUCCAGAGUGCCUACAGCAAGUGCAAGGAGUACAGUGAUGACAAGGUGCAGCUGGCCAUGCAGACCUACGAGAUGGUGGAUAAACACAUCCGGAGGCUCGACGCGGACCUGGCGCGCUUCGAAGCGGACCUGAAGGACAAGCUGGAGGGCAGCGACUUUGAGAGCUCUGGAGGACGAGGGUUAAAAAAAGGUCGAAGCCAGAAGGAAAAGAGAAGUUCCCGGGGGCGAGGCAGAAGGACCUCAGAAGAAGACACUCCUAAGAAAAAGAAGCAUAAAGGAGGGUCUGAGCUCACGGACACCAUCCUGUCUGUGCACCCCUCCGAUGUGCUGGACAUGCCUGUGGACCCCAACGAGCCCACCUACUGCCUCUGCCACCAGGUGUCCUACGGGGAGAUGAUCGGCUGUGACAAUCCGGACUGUCCGAUCGAGUGGUUUCACUUUGCCUGUGUCGACCUGACCACGAAGCCCAAAGGAAAAUGGUUCUGCCCACGGUGCGUGCAGGAGAGGAGGAAGAAGAAACCCUGGCACUGAGCACGGCUGUCCCAGGAGGAGCCCAGGUGACUCUGUGGCUGUGUGCGUGUGACGUGCUGGGCCUGGUGGGACGUGCCACUGGGAGCGGACACUGCCAUCCUUUGCAGCAAGAGGCGUGAGCUGUGCGUGGUCUGCAGUUUCCUGGGCUCCCCGAGCGCCCACACCACCGUGUGCACAUUGUCCAUGCUGAGUGCACAGGUGUGCAGUGUGGCCGGCGUUGCCUCCCUGCUCGGUGUGCUUGGAGCUGGCGGCUGUGCAGGAGGACUCGCUCCUCAGGAGGAACUGCUGGCCAUGCACUGCCCUUAGUCUGGACUGCCGGUUCCUCCCUGCCGUUGUACUGUCUGGAGUCAACGGGCCUGGAUUGACGGACGGGUUGUUAGUCACCAACACCAGCACCACUGAGAGACAGCGUAACAGACGGCUGAUGUUCUUUCUCUGGGAAUUCCAGAUGUUUUUACUGUGAAGAUGAAAUCAUUGUCAUCGCAUGAAGACAGUGGGUCUGUGUGUGAUGUGAGUCUGGUCUACUAAGAGCCGGCUUUGAACCUGCUUCUGCUACACACGGGUCAGCGCCUUGUCUCCCAGGGGCUACGAUUAUGUGAUGUGAUUUGUGAACUUCUUGUGCCACAAUAGCAGUUCUAGAACGGAGCCGGGAAACUGGAGCGUACUUCCUGUUUAAUCAGCAUUCACUGACUGAUUUUGAAUCGUCUUUGGUACUCGCUGGGGACACCGAGUACAUUGGGCAUGUUGAGAUGGCACCUGGAGUGUGGCCUCUGGGAGCCCUGGGUCCUCCAAGAUGCGCCCCACGUGGUUCAGACAAGUUAGGGCUCCUCUGGUCAGCGAGAGAAACCCAGGAGAUGGAGUCGAGGUGUGGAAUGCCCAGCAUCAGAGAAUCUCACCCUUUGUGAGGAGGGUCCCCUGGAGUGUCCACCUGCUUCCUCCGACGUCCUCCUCCGCCACGUCCUCUGCUAGCUUCCAGCGUCUCCCCAGGGAGCAGGGAUGGGGCAGAGGCACUGGGGCAGCUGCACCUCCACAGCCACUCCCUGCAAGUGAGUUAAUUUUUGGCCAAUGAGAGCAGAUGUCAGAGGGAGGCCGGGGUCUAGUUGGAAUCUGCGGUCCUCAGCGGGCGCUACCCUGUGCGGGACGUGUCUGGAUGGCUGUUUUUUCUAGAGCCACCCGAGGGAGCUGGACUUGCUUCCAAAUGACUGCGGGUAGGUUGCUUCAGCCUGCGUGCCCCUUCCCGUCUCGGGCUGGUGGUUAGGGUCGGGGUCAGCAGCUGCCACAGCCUGUCCCUGGUGGGUCCCAGGUGAGUCCCAGGCCCGCUGCACAUUCUCAGUGCCGAUAUCCUCCUGCUGCUCAGGGAGAAGCUGGGGGUACACCUGCAGCUCAGCCCCGACGCGAGGCCUGCACGUAGCCCCUGGGCUUUGUGGAGAGAAGUAAGUCCAGUGAGUCUGCGAUGAGCAGGGUGUGCUGCCUAGUUCUGCCACCUGGUUUCCUGGGGCGACACUCACUUCCUGGGAAUGAUGACCAGCUUGUCUUCAGCUUUGUCUUCAGUUCCAUGUUGUUUUGCUUGUAGCAUCCCAGGUGUCAGCUUUCUGUGCUCAUCUGUUUCUCGUGUUUACUUCUGCCAGUUACAAUGAUUCACCAAAAUAAUGCGCAGCCAGCUCUGAAGAAAACAGAAAACGUGAGCAGGGUAGGAAGGUUCCCUGGGCUGUUUGGAUGAUGACUGAACGCCAUUCCUGACCAUUAAUGCUGUCCAGUUGGAAAGACGAAGAGUGACUGGUUGGGAGGAAUGUCGUGCCACUUGGCCGGCUCUGGCCCUGCAUGGACAGCCGGAGCAUCACAGAGCUUUGCUCCUCACUGCCUGGCUGCCCUCGUCCUGGGGUGGUGCAGGCCGGACCCGUCUGUGCCUGCAGGUCCCACAUCUGAUCCUGGGGACUGUUGGCGCCAACCCCAUCCCUCGGGUCGCAGGAUCUAGGCUGGGCCCAGUGGUGAGGGUUCGGCCCCCAUGGCUGGGAUUACUGGUGAAGGAAGAAAUGUCUUGUUCAGAGGAGAAGCAGAACCAUUUUCCUGUUCUCAGUGCUGUGUUCCCAGCCAGCACUUGAGAAGCCUUGUUUUCUGACAGGACACGUCUGCAAUAAGUCUGCUAAGCUGAGCCCUGCACCUCUGGCUGUGCUGGUGGAGCCCUCCGCUGGGCUGAGGCCUGCUGACUCCCCACUGUGCGGGACGGGCCCGGGCAGGUGGACGCGAGGCGAGGAGUGGCCAGGGCCCUGGGAGCCGGGUGU